AUGGAAUCGGAUGGAUACGAAGAGCAGCUCUCGAAAGAGCCCCUUACUGCUAAUAAAGCCGACCAUUUCUAUAAGCUAUUGAAGAAGGUUGAGUCGUUGGAAACCCAAGUUGUUGCAGUGGCGGAGAGGUUCCAGAGAAAUGUGCGUAAGCCAAAACACAAAGGGGUGAAAAGUUCGAAAAGAGUUGUAGCGCGAAAUUCAGAAAACAAUUCGUCGAGUCGCAAAAUGGCCGGGAUUUCCAUGCCCCGUGUCAGCUCACUGGACUUGCUGGCUAGCGUUAUUCUUCGAAAUAGCAAAGAUACAGUAUUACCAAAAAAUCAAAGCUCUGUCAAGUUCGGCAGUGUUUCAACUCCCGGCAGCUCAGAAUUCUCAGAGACCACUGAGAUUCCAGACACUGGAAUGCCAAGAGAUUUUGGAGUAUUCCUUUCCUACUCCGUCUUGUCUCCAAAGGGGCUGGUGUGGGUUCGAUCCAAGAGCUUAAACUGUGAUAAAGAGAUAAAGCACCUCUCAGAGUAGAAUUCAAAUUCUUUAAGCGCCAAAGACUCGGACAACCUUUUCCCGGUUCCGCUUGGUCUCAAACCGUUGCCGGAAAUCGAAGUCUUGGAGACUUUUGUUGAGAUCUUCAACCAGGCCGGGCUCGAAACACUCUCCUUCGUAGCCUCGCAUGAGGUAACGAACGGUUUCAACACCUAUGUCAGCGGUGGAUUACGCUCUCUGAACCGCUAUCAAUCUAUUACAUUCCAUGUGGCGCUCGCCCUUGUAAGUCACUUUCAGCAGAGUCUACAGAACACAAAUAGAAGGGGUGCCUAGGCGCGUGGUGGGUGUCGUACAAAUAUAACACGAAGCUGCGAGAACUAGAAGACACAUUCAUUUUGAACGCAUUGUUCCAUUAUCAUCAGGUUUCUAUUCUUCCGGAAGGUAUUGAAACACUUCAAUCUUUUCUUGCUCUCAUGACGUACGCGGAUUUAACUGGCGCUUUGCACGCGUCGUAUAUGAUGGUUACUUUAGCUGUUCGCUUGGCACAAAACUUAGGUUUACACGCCGAGGUUUCCUAUGAUGGCUUGCCACUUGACGAAGCUGACAGGCGGAGAAAGAUUUGAGGUCUGUGUCCGUAUUUUGACCUCAAAGUUUCAAUGAUUUUGGGAAAGCCUCCAGUUGUUGCCCAUUAUGACACAACUGCGAUUUUCGGACAUAGCUGCACCCCUGUAGAACUUUUAGUGGACGCUACACUUGCAACACAUUCGAAACCACCAAAAUGUGAGUCCGCAUUCGCAAGAAACAUGUUCACAUUUGUCAUGAAAGAGGUUGGGUUCGACACAUUUGGAGGAUACUAUAUGUGUAGAAAUAUCCACAUCGCUUCCUGCAUAUACACCGAUCUCUAUGCACCAUCAGCGACCAUGAAUCUUACGAGGCAAUUGCGAAACGCAUAAAUGCUAAUAAAAGAGAUGGAAAUCAUAAGGUUGUCUCUUCCGGCGGGUAUGAGACCGUUCGAUCCUCCAAUUAGCUCGACGCUUACUGAGCUUAUAUGAAGCAGCGACUUACCGGCCGCAAUAACGAGGCUUUUCAUACAUGCCAUUCAAUUUAGCUAUUUCAUGAAUUUGAUCUUUAUACAGAGGGCCAUCCAUAUUCAAAACGCAAGUUUAUAUGAAAGAGAUGGGAAUUUUAAAGGACAUCCCCUUCUUUGAAAGUGUUCGAACAGCCAGAACCAUGCUGUCUUGUGCGAUUGGAUUAUCUGAGCUGAAUCUAGCUAACUACUAUAAGUGUUUCCAAUGGUCAAUCACUUUGGCGUUUUUCGAGGUCUUCGUGUACACACUUUCAAAACAAGAAGAUGUAAAACUAAUGACGCGUUUAUACUGUGAUUUCAUGAGCAGCGUAGGCCAUUCCACCCCAGCUUCAACGCCUACAACCCCUUCAUCCAUAACUGAAGACGAGAAAAUACACCAGCCUUUUGUUGCCAAAUGUUUUUCAAGCUACUUCAAGUACUUGAUUAAUGUUCUUAGCAAAACCUACCUGUCAAAGUUCAAUAAAGAAGUGGUGCUUACCGAUAAACAGCUUGACAGUUUGGGAUAUGCGGUCAAGUCUUAUUCCGACCCAGUGACCGAAAGUGAAAGACAAGGAGGACUCAAUCCUUUCAUAGUGGAUAACAUGGAUUUUUUUGGGGCAGACUCGAUAUUUUUCAAUGCUUAA